AUGUUGGAUUUACUACUUCAAGCAGAAAAACAAGGGUCUAUUGAUGCUCAGGGUAUAAAAGAAGAAGUUGACACGUUUAUGUUUGGGGGUCAUGACACCUCUGCAACAGCCCUGCAGUACAUUUUGAUGGUUUUCGCCAACCACCCGGAUGUUCAGAUGCGGGUGCUAAAGGAGUAUGAUGAAGUUUCUGAAUCGUUGGAAUCCUUCGCCGGGUCGUUUUCACUAAACGAUCUAUCAAAGUUAAAAUAUCUUGAUUGCUGUGUUAAGGAAUGCUUAAGGCUUUAUCCGUCUGUACCGUUUAUAAUAAGAAGCAUUGAGCAUACUGUUAAAUUAAGUCAUAAGUACGCGAUGAUACAGAUGAAACUGGCAAUACUGGAUAUAUUAAAAACAUACAAGUUGUUACCUGUGACCAAGCCAGAGGAUGUUAAGUUCACAUCGGACUUAAUGCUUCGUUCGACGGAGCAUGUUUACGUUAAGUUUGAAUUACGAAAUAAA